CCCCCCUCACCCACCCACCCACCCCACCACCCUCCGGAGAGCUGAGAGAGAUCGGGAGAGAGGCUCCAAAAACCCCGCGGGAGGGAGAAAGGAAUCGAGUCGGGAACGCGAGCGAGGCCCCGGAUCGCGGCCGGAACGCGAAGGCCCGAGGCGGACACCGAGCGUCGAGUGAGGGAGAGAAGCGGGGAUGAAGUUCCAGUACAAGGAGGAGCACCUGUUCGAGAAGAGGCGCUCCGAGGGCGAGAAGAUCCGCAAGAAAUACCCGGACCGGGUCCCGGUGAUCGUGGAGAAAGCUCCAAAGGCCAGGAUAGGGGACCUUGACAAGAAGAAGUACCUCGUGCCAUCUGACCUGACAGUUGGACAGUUCUACUUCCUGAUUCGAAAGCGCAUUCACCUGAGAGCUGAGGAUGCCCUCUUCUUUUUUGUAAACAAUGUCAUUCCACCAACCAGUGCAACCAUGGGGCAGCUCUACCAGGAGCAUCAUGAAGAGGAUUUCUUUUUGUACAUCGCUUACAGUGAUGAGAGCGUUUACGGAAUAUAACGCCUGCAUUGCUGCUGAUGGCUUCAGAGGCUGAGCGUUCUCGCGUCCUGCACUUCCUGGUGUGUUCUAUAAAUGCUGAUCUUUUUGUGUUUCUGUCAUAACCUGGAUAAAUGGAGAAGGGCCUCAAGGGUAGGGGGAGCGGAAGAUGGAGUAAUCCUUUUGUUGACUUCUUUUGAUUUGUUGAGUUUCUGAGCUCUGCUGUCACUAUUUCUGCAGUCCUGCUUUUGCCUCUUUUAUUUGUUCCUUUUUUUGGGGGGGGUGGGGGGGUGGGGAUCUUUCAACCUCGAUUAUUGGUUUGCCCAUAAUGUCAACUCAAAGCUGAUUGGAUGAAUCUUUCGCCAACUGUGCUGUCUAGCUGCCAAAGGACACACCUCAUGUACCGUGGAAGCUAAUAAUAAAACAUCAGUACACAGUG